AUGGCCCCCCACGCUCUUCUCGCCUCCAGGGGUCAUGUAGACUCCCUGGAGAUGGACGACGACCUGGAGUUGGGUCUCGUCUACCCCCUGUCCGUCGUGGACAAACCCGCCCUGGCCGCCAUCCCCACCAGCCACGACGGCAAGCCCAGGCUGGAGGGCUACAUCAUUGCCGCCACCAUCGUCUCCAUCUGCCUGGUUGUCUGUCUCGCCGCAGUGGCCCUUGUGGCCUGCUGCCUCUGCGUCAAGAAGGCGCGGCGCACCGGGAGAGGGGAAGCGCGCCACCGCCCUCCCACACCCUUCGCCAGGGGGAGGGCCAGCGCCAGCACCGACGAGGAGACGACGACUCCUCCCAUCCCGCUCGCCACCCUUCCCGCCGCCAAGGUUGCCGGGAAGCGUCUCCCCGCGAACACUGCGGCGCGGAGACCCGGCUUCUUCUCGGGCAUGGAGGUGGCCCGGCCGUUGCAGGUGCCCUUUUUGGACACGGUCGUCGAGGCCUCGAGCAGCGAGGAGCGUGUUUGCGAGGGAGCGGGCGAAGAGCCUGGUGAGGACGCCAAUGGGGCCGCCAUGCUGUGUGAGGCACCCGGCACGGACACACACCCACACAACUGCCAAAUACGACACAUGUCAAACGUCCAUCCAACGGACCGUCGCCAUCGGCUCAUCGGCGGCCGCGAGCGCAUUUCUGUGCGACCUGACGAUGGCCCGGCGACCGACGACCCGAAGCUGGGCGCUCCCGACAGCCGAGAGUGGAGGGCUGCGAGAUGAGGCUAAUGUAGGGCGAGAUG